AUGGAUCACAUCGUGUUAACCCCAUAUAGUAAGAUGAAAGUGAAACUGGCAACGCAGGUACUUAGCAAGUCUGUGAUGAUUGCUCUUCAGGAGAGUGGGAAAGAAGAUGUUCAGGAGACAGCUAGGUUUUGUGGCAUGAUAAAUGAUUUCUUUGACUGCACAAAUGUUCGGUCAUUGACAGAACAUAUUAGAAAAAGAAAUACAUUAAUCAAGCCAUAUACCUCAGCUGAUGACGAGAGGUUAUCUUGGUUGUUGAAUGUAUUUCUGGAAUACCUGAAUAGCUGGAAGAACAAUAUCGCAACACGGCCUGGUACGUUCUCAGCUGAUGAGAGAGGCAAGAUGUUCUUGUCUCCGCAGACGUAUGAAGGAUUCAAGAUCUCAGUUUAUUCGCAUGUUGAAGCGAUCCAGUUUCUCUUGGAGAAAGGAUUCCAGUAUGUCUUGACUGAGCAAUUCAUGCAAGAUGUACUGGAAGACUACUUUGUGCACCAACGAAGCAAAGGAGCAAGAUCAGACAAUCCGACAGCCCAACAAUUUGGAUACAAUGACCUAACUAUUGCAUCACAGCGAGACAUUGCCCCAAUUAUACGAGGGAAUGUUGGGGGAAGGUACGAGAAGACAAAGUGGUACAAGGUCAGUGAAUAA